CCUUUGCUUACUUAUAUCUACUGCAACACAACUAAGUGAGAAACAAACAGUGUCUUUUUUAGUGUAUUCCAUUACAAUAAAAUAAGACCCUUUUGAGAUUUAGCUUUGUUUUAGAAAUACAUGGUGUUUUAAGACAUUUCUUGAAUCCAUAGUAUAUCUAAUUGGGUCUGAUAUAUGUUCCAUGGAGUUUGAGAGUGGUAGUGCUCGUAUGUUGAACUUGUUAGACAAGAAGGUCAUGUUGGCUUCCCAGAAUCCUAAGAAACGAGAUGGGAGAAUGAAGUUCAAGGAGACAAGACACCCAGUGUACCGUGGAGUGAGGAGGAAGAACCCACAAAAAUGGGUUUGUGAAAUUCGUGAGCCAAAUAAGAAGUCAAGGAUUUGGCUAGGGACUUUCCCCACCGCAGAAAUGGCAGCGCGUGCACAUGAUGUGGCAGUGAUUGCGCUCCACGGCCAGUCCGGGUGUCUAAAUUUUGCUGACUCAAUGUGGAAGCUUCCGAUUCCGGCUUCAACGAUGGCGAAGGAUAUCCAGAGGACGGCAGCGGAGGGGGCCAAGGCAUUUCGGCCGGCAAAGUUGGAUUGAGGUUUUUGGUGGUAGCAGCAAUAGUAUUUGUGAAGAUGGUGGAGGAAGGUGUGUUUUUUUUUAUGGAUGAGGAGGCGGUUUUCGGCAUGCCAGGGUUGUUGGAAAAAUCCCACUUUUCAAACCUAAACCCAAAUCAACCAAUAAUCAAACACACGAUAGGAAAUUUUUAAUACUAGCAUUUAUUAAUAGAAAUUUUCUGGAAAUUUUUAAUACCAUUGUUAUCAACUGUGUGAUGUCAUCUAAACAAUGUGUAUUUCCAUUUGUUUGUUGUUUCAAUGAGCCAUGUUAGUCUUGUUCGGAUU